UUUGAGUGUGUGUGACACAAUACACAUUUAACACUUGAACAAAUCAAAGCUACUAAAAAAGAAAAGAAAAAAAAAAAAAAAUCAGAAAAUGACUUCCCCAAACAAUUUUAUUAUACCUAUGUUUCUCAUUUUCACAACAUGGAUGCUCCCUUAUGUAAUGUCUAGCAGGGUUCUUGAACCCUACUUAUCAAAUAAACAUGAGAAAUGGAUGACACAAUUUGGAAAAUCUUACAAAGAUGCUGCAGAGAAGGAAAAACGUUUUCAAAUAUUCAAGAAUAAUGUGGAGUUCAUUGAAUUGUUCAAUGCUGUUGGAAACAAACCUUUCAACCUUAGUAUUAACCAUUUUGCUGACCUAACUAAUGAAGAAUUUAAGGCUUCACUUAAUGGGAACAAGAAGUUGCAUGAUAAAUUUGACAUUUUAAAUGAAACAACGUCGUUCAGGUAUCACAAUGUAACUUCUGUUCCAGCUUCCAUGGAUUGGAGGAAAAGAGGUGCCGUUACUCCUAUCAAAAACCAAGGAUCAUGUGGUAGUUGUUGGGCAUUUUCAACUGUGGCUUCCAUAGAGGGUAUCCACCAAAUAACAACAGGUGAACUAGUGUCACUAUCAGAACAAGAACUGAUAGAUUGUGUGAGAGGUAAUAGCAGUGGAUGCAGUGGUGGUUACUUAGAAGAUGCAUUCAAAUUUAUUGCAAAGAAAGGAGGAAUGGCAAGUGAAACAAACUACCCUUACAAAGAAACCGACGAGAAAUGUAAAUUUAAGAAGGAAUCAAAGCAUGUAGCUGAGAUUAAAGGGUAUGAGAAAGUUCCUUCUAAUAGUGAAAAUGAUCUUCUAAAAGCUGUGGCAAAUCAACCUGUAUCAGUUUAUGUUGAUGCAGGAGAUUAUGUAUUUCAGUUUUACUCAGGUGGAAUUUUUACAGGAAAAUGUGGAACUGAUACAGAUCAUGUUGUUACUAUUGUUGGUUAUGGUGUAUCACUUGAUUAUACUGAGUAUUGGUUAGUAAAAAAUUCAUGGGGUACUGGGUGGGGUGAGAAAGGGUACAUGAAAUUGAAGCGAAACGUUGAUUCUAAAAAAGGUUUAUGUGGAAUUGCCACCAAUCCUUCUUAUCCAGUUGCUUAAUGCUAUUUAUCUGCUACCACAUAUAUCCAACUAAAAAAUAUAUGCUACUACUAUUUUGGAGUGUGCACGUGUGUAUGUAGGUUGUGGUCCUAAAGUGGGUGCAUAAGAACUUAUAUAUAGUUUUGGGUGUUUGUGAAGAAGAAUCGAUAGGUUUGUAAACUUCAUGUUCUCAACCAUAUAAUGAAAUAACUAUUGUCUUUGGGU